AUGCCGACCGUCGGGCUGAACCGCGACGACCUCUUCGAGCGGCUCGGCAAGACGUACACGCAGGAGGAGUUCGAGCUCCUCUGCUUCGAGUUCGGCGUCGAGCUCGACGACGUGACGUCGGAGGCCGAGGCGGCGUCGAAGAUGGGCAUGGACGCGGCGACGAUCAAGGCCAAGGGCCUGUCGAGCGCCGUCGAGUACGCCAUCGACGUGCCGGCGAACCGCUACGAUCUGCUGUGCAUGGAGGGCAUGGCGCGCGCGCUGCGCAUCUUCCUCGGCCUCGAGCCGACGCCGCAGUUCGAGCUCGUCGAGCCCGAAAAGCGCUACACGAUGACCGUCGACUCGGACAGCACGAACGCGAUCCGCCCCUUCGUGUGCUGCGCCGUGCUCCGGGGCGUGAGCUUCGAGGACCCGCGCGUCUACAAGUCGUUCAUCGACCUGCAGGACAAGCUCCACCAGAACAUCUGCCGCCGGCGGACGAUCGUCGCCAUCGGCACGCACGACCUGGCGACGCUGACGCCCGAGUUCACCUACGCGGCCCGCGCGCCGGAGACCAUCGACUUCGUGCCGCUGACGGAGACGGACAAGUCCUGGAAGGCGAAGGCGCUUUUGGACCACUACAAGGCCGCCGCGGAGUGCAAGCACCUCAAGCCCUACUGCGGCAUCAUCUACGACGCGCCGAACUACCCCGUCAUCCGCGACGCCGCGGGCGUCGUCCUCUCCCUGCCGCCCAUCAUCAACGGCCGCCACAGCCGCAUCCAGGCCCACACGACGGACGUGUUUAUCGAGUGCACGGCGACGGACGAGUACAAGGCGAACGUCGUCUGCAACACGAUGGUCGCCAUGUUCUCCGAGUACUGCGCCUUCAAGGUCGAGCCCGUCGACGUCGUCUAUACGUCGAACGGCGCGGUGACGCGCACGGUCGCCACGCCGGACCUCGCGCCGCGGUCGAUGACCGCGAAGCUCGACGACAUCCGCGGCGUCGUCGGGUUGACGGACGCGGAGCUCACGGCCCGGGGGGCCUGCGCGCUCGCGGAGAAGAUGCAGCUGGCGCCGGCGACCUACGACGCGGCCACGGACGAGGUCACGGUCGCCGUGCCCUGCACGCGGUCCGACAUCCUGCACGCGGUCGACGUGGCCGAGGACGUCGGCAUCGCGUACGGCUACAACAACGUGCCCGAGAAGCUCCCGAAGACGACGACGACGGGCGGGCCGACGCGCCUGAACGCGUUCAGCGACCUGCUGCGCGACGAGGUGUCGCGCGCGGGCUACGUCGAGAUCCUCACGCACGGUCUGUGCCGCUUGGACGAGCAGUUCGACAAGCUGGGCCACGGCGACCGCGCGGACGAGAAGGCGAAGGCCGUGACGCUGUCGAACCCGUCGUCCGAGGAGUUCGAGAUCGUGCGCACGUCGCUCCUCGUGGGCGCCCUCAAGACGCUCCAGCACUCGAAGAGCCACGCGGUCCGCGGCGGCCUCAAGCUCUUCGAGGUCUCGGACGUCGUCGCGCGCGACGCGGCCGCGGACGUCGGCGCGACGAACGCGCGCAAGCUCGUGGCGACGUACACGGGCGCGACGGCGGGCUUCGAGGUCAUCCACGGCCUCGCGGACCGCAUCCUCGCGUGCGCGCGCGUCCACUACGCCGUGGACCCCGUCGACGACCCGACCUACUUCCCGGGGCGCUGCGCGCACAUCGUGCUCGUCGCGAGCGACGGCGCGAAGACGCCCAUCGGCACGAUGGGCAUCGUCCACCCGGCGGUCCUCGCGAACUUCGACAUCGACUACCCGACGUCGGCCAUCGAGCUCGACGUCGAGGCCCUCGCGGGCUGCCGGGCCUGCCCGCCCUGCGGCUGCUAG